AUGUCCGAUCCAUCAAAUCAAAUCAACACACAACUAGAAGAAUUAUCAUUAAAAGUUAAAUCUCAAGGAGAACUGAUCAGAACACUAAAAUCGAAACCAACCACCGAAAAAAACCCAACAGAGAUAUCAGAACAAGUCGAGAUUUUAAAACAAUACAAAACAACCUUAGAAGACUUUAAAAAAUCAAAUGGAUUAGACCUCACAACAACAACAAACCAAAACCCAUCAAAACCAACCACCAAAUCGAAAUCAAAGUCAAAAACUGCUGAACCAAAAUUUCAAUUAAAAGUACCAAAAGGAACCAAAGAUCAUCAUCCAAAAGACAUGAUCUUACGAGAAAAGAUUUUUCAAACAAUUACCAAAGUAUUCAAAUUACACGGUGCAAUCACAAUUGAUACACCUGUUUUUGAAUUAAAAGAAAUCUUAUCUGGUAAAUAUGGUGAAGAUUCUAAAUUGAUUUAUGAUUUACAAGAUCAAGGUGGUGAAUUAUGUUCAUUAAGAUAUGAUCUUACUGUUCCAUUUGCUAGAUUUUUGGCUAUGAAUGCUAAAGAAUUCAAUACGAUCAAACGGUAUCAUAUUGCAAAAGUUUACAGAAGAGAUCAACCUGCAAUGACCAAAGGAAGAAUGAGAGAAUUUUAUCAAUGUGAUUUCGAUUUUGCUGGUACAACAGAUCCAAUGGUAGCAGAUGCAGAAGUUUUAACGAUUGCUUGUGAAGUUUUACAAGAAUUAGAAGUAGGAGAGUUUACAAUCAAGGUUAAUCAUAGGAAAAUCUUAGAUGGAAUCUUUUCACUUUGUGGUGUUCCUGAUGAUAAAUUUCGUUCGAUUUCAUCUGCAGUUGAUAAACUUGACAAGAUGUCAUGGUUAGAUGUCAAAAAAGAAAUGACAGAAGAAAAAGGUUUAGACCCAGUAAUUGCCGAUCAGAUAGGAGAAUACGUCAAACUCAAAGGAUCUGAGGAAUUAUUACAAAAGUUAUCAGAAGAUUCGAAAUUUAUGAAUAAUAAAUCAGCAAAAGAAGGAUUAAAUGAAAUGAUUCUUUUAUUCAAGUACAUUAAUGUAUUCGGUAUCACACCCAAGAUUUCUUUUGAUUUAAGUUUAGCUAGAGGACUUGAUUAUUAUACAGGAGUGAUUUACGAAGCAGUAGUAGAAGGAUCAGCUCCACCUGUACCAUUACCUGCUCAAGUUCAAUCAGAUCCAUCGAAUCAAUCCAACUCCAAAUCGAUUUCCAAAAAACCAUCAGAAGAAGAAGAAAUUGAUGAAACCACUAUUGGAGUAGGAUCGAUUGCAGCAGGAGGUAGAUAUGAUAAUUUAGUUGGAAUGUUUUCAUCGGGUAAAGAUCAAAUUCCGUGUGUUGGAAUCUCAUUUGGAGUAGAAAGGAUCUUUACGAUUUUAAAAUCAAAACAAGAAAACGAAUUAAAGAGUAAAGAAGUAGAUGUUUUUGUUAUGAGUGUUGGUGAUGGAUUGUUAUUAGAAAGAAUGAAGGUUUGUAAAGAAUUAUGGGAUGUUGGAAUUAGUGCUGAAUUUAUGUAUAAAGUUAAACCAAAACCAUCUAAACAAUUUGAAACGGUAGAAAAAGAUUUCAUAAGGUUUGCCAUCAUCUUAGGACCUGACGAAAUUAAAUUAAAUCAAUUAAGGAUUAAAGAACAAUUAGGUAAAGAUCAAAAUAUCGAAUCUAAAGAUAAAGAUGGAAUUUUGAUCAAUCGAAAUGAAAUGAUUAAUUGGUUAUUAGAAAGAUUAAAAAAAUAA